GACACGACGACAAACAACGACACGACGACACAGAGACGAGAACAACAACAUUUCCUUAUUUUUCUUUGUCAAAACAGAAUCUAAAUAUGAACAGGAAACAUGAACAGAGACACAUCGCCCCUGUCUGUGCAGGUGCAGUCACCGCCCCUGUCUGUGCAGGUGCAGUCACCGCCCCUGUCUGUGCAGGUGCAGUCACCGCCCCUGUCUGUGCAGGUGCAGUCACCGCCCCUGUCUGUGCAGGUGCAGUCACCGCCCCUGUCUGUGCAGGUGCAGAUGGCGGACGGACGGCAGCGCUCCCUGUCCACUUCAGGAGAGUCUCUGUACUCGGUGCUCGGGCUGGAGCGCGGGAGCAGCCAUGACGACAUCAAGAAGGCCUACAGGAAGCUGGCGCUGCGGUUCCACCCGGAUAAGAACCCGGACAACCCGGCGGCGGCCGAGCGUUUUAAGGAGCUGAACAGCGCCCACGCGGUUCUGACCGACCCGACCAAACGAAACAUCUACGACGCCUACGGGUCCCUCGGCCUCUACGUCGCCCAACAGUUUGGAGAAGAACACGUCAACACCUACUUCAUGCUCUCGACCUGGUGGGCCAAGGGUCUGUUCGUAGUGUGCGGGGUGCUCACGGGUUGUUACUGCUGCUGUUGUCUCUGCUGCUGCUGUAACUGCUGCUGCGGGAGGCUCCGCCCACACGGCGAGGGGGCGGAGCCCGAGUACGUCUCACCCGACGACCUGGAGGCGGAGCUACGCAACGACGCCGACCCAGACGUGUCGGUGACUCAGCAGCCGAACGCCAGCGAGAAAACACAGCUGAUCGGAGACGGACAGCGUCGCUACGGAGACACGUACACAUGAAGACCAGACCGCGGCCAAUCGGAACGCUCAGACGGAACCCUGACCCCGCCCCCUGAA